GGAAAUAUAUUUGCCUUACUUUACUGGGCCAUUUUUGAUGUGGGGCUGUGUUGGAAGAGUUUCUUGAGCUUGACUCAGCCUUCCGUCCUUCCGAGGUGGGUAAAAUGAGGACCCAGAAUGUUGGCUUCAAUCAGUGUUGCUAGACCACAAUGGAACAUAAGGGGACAGUGGACCCGGAAGAUGAUUUGGCAUUAUUACCACGCCUUGCGCCUAGUCCUCACAGUGAAGCAGUGGCCCACGAAUUUCAAGAACUCUCUUUGCAACCAAACCAAUAUUUACCUCCUCUCAAUGAAAGGAAGAGUGUUCUUCAGCUGAAGCUACAGCAAAGGCGAACAAGAGAACAGCUGGUGGACCAGGGAAUCAUGCCACCUUUGAAGAGCCCAGCUGCGUUUCAUGAACAAAUAAAAAGUUUGGAAAGAGCCAGGACUGAAAACUUUCUGAAGCAUAAAAUACGCAGUAGACCUGAUCGAUCAGAAUUAGUCAGGAUGCAUAUUCUUGAAGAAACGUUUGCAGAGCCCUCUCUCCAGGCCACUCAGAUGAAGUUAAAGAGGGCGCGACUGGCAGAUGACCUGAAUGAGAAGAUCGCUCAGAGGCCGGGCCCUAUGGAACUGGUGGAGAAGAAUAUUCUCCCUGUAGACUCCAGCGUCAAAGAAGCAAUUAUAGCGGUUGGUCAGGAGAACUAUCCUCAAACACUGGAUGAAUUCUCAUUUGAUGAAGACAGCAGCGAUGCUUUAUCUCCAGACCAGCCUGGUAGUCAGGAGUCCCAAGGGUCAACUGCUUCCCCCGGAGAGCCCAAAACAAAAGAAACCCCCUCGCCGAUGACUCCAGCUUCCUCAGCCCCACAGUAUCCCCCCUUAGCAAUACCAGGAACUGACUUUCUGAAGCCACCUGUCACAGAUCAGCAUGUCACACGCACAACAACUGCUGCUCCUCUUACCACAAAUUCUGUGACUGCCACAAAACACUGCAGUGGGCCAACACUAAUAAAGCAACCUCACCCCAAGAACCCCAGUGACAGACCUCGGAGCAAGAAAUCCAAAGAACCAAAGCCCAGAGUGAAGAAACUGAAGUACCACCAGUAUAUCCCCCCUGAUCAGAAAUUAGAGAAGAACGAGCCUCCGAUGGACUCGAACUACGCUCGUUUGCUGCAGCAACAACAACUGUUUUUGCAACUGCAAAUCUUGAGCCAACAGCAACAACAUUACAAUUACCAGACAAUUCUUCCUGCACCACUCAAGCAAAUAAAUGACAAACAGGGUAACACUGCGAAUAUGCCACUCAAUGCUUUGAACAACAGCAUCUCUUCAGUAGCUGUCAGCACACCCAGACCGAACACUAACAUUUCAAAUAGAAAGCCAGGACCUCUUCCUCCUAGCUUGGAUGAGUUGAAGGUAGCUGAACUGAAAAUGGAAUUAAAGCUAAGAGGAUUGCCUGUGUCUGGAACCAAAAUUGAUCUCAUUGAGCGUCUGAAACCCUAUCAGGAUCUUAACAAUAAUUCCGUUGGCACAAGUAAUACAGCGGCCGGAACUGCUUCCAGUAAUGGACCCAGCAAACCUGGAGAAGGCACUAUACCGUUCCCUGCUGUGCCAUUAAAUAAGCCGGCAGUGAAUUCUGGUCCCAGUACCUCUUUAGAAACAGCACCUGUUGGAACCGGCAGCAAAACAGGACCCCUGGAACACGUGGGCUCCCCUCUGCCCAUUUCCCCUUCUCCUUCGGAACAGUCCAGUCUCGGAACGGACGAUACUAACAUGGCCGAUACUUUGACGGAAAUCAUGACCAUGAUGUCUCCGUCGCAGUUCCCAAGCGCUUCGCCUCUUCGAGCAGCCGCGCACGAAGACGGCGGGAACGCAUCCGGCAUGGACCUGGACGCCACGGAGAAGGACCGCAAGCUUCAAGAGAAAGAGAAGCAGAUCGAGGAGCUCAAAAGAAAACUGGAACAAGAACAGAAGCUGGUGGAAGUGCUGAAGAUGCAACUGGAGGUCGAGAAGAGAAGCCAUCAGCAGCAACAGCAGCAGGCCCAACCUUCUGCUUCUAAUUCGCCAAUGACUUUGAAUCCUCAGCCUAAUAGCUCUUCUGUGAAAGAAGAAAGCACCGUGGCAGACAGCGCUGAGGCAAGGCAGUUGGUCUCUGAUGCCAGCCAUGCUUUAGGGCAGCCCGGCUCAGCGGAGAUCCAAAAUCUAAUUGCCAAAAAGGCCGUGGUUAUCAAGCAAGAGAUACCUUUGGCCCAAGCUGAGCCGCAGAACGUCAUAUCUCAGUUCUACGUAAGUUCACAGAGACAGCCCCAAACGGCGGUCGUUGGCCAUCCUCAAGCUCUGCUGGCUGCCUCGGGGGCUGCCCAGCUGCUCCUGCCACUCUCCCUGCAGGGUCCAAAUUCAGCCACUUCGGUGCAACUGCCUGUGAGCAACAUUCAGGUUCAAACACAAGCUGGUAUUCCAACCAUCGCACAAGUAUCUACUUCUAGUUUGGUCCCCAAAGUACCACAGAUGCACAUGCCAUCCCCCAAACAAAAUGCUUCCCCACAGCAUGCAGCUGGCCAAACCUCAGAGAACAGAAAGGUAUUUCCUCCUACCUCACCUAACACAGUAUUUUCCUAUCAGAAUCCGUCUGCUACAAACCUUCAGCAACCUUUGUUUAAGCCAGCAUCAAAUACGACGCCUCACUCAGGGAACCAAGCACCCUUAGUGCAUAAUGGACCGAAUCCUCUUCAGAAGCCACCUUCCCCGGCUCAGUCCCAGCAAUACCUUUUGCAACAGUCCUUGUUCAACAGUUCAGGAACCAAAACGAAAGACCCCCCACGUUACGAAGAAGCCAUCAAACAGACGCGCAGCCUGCAGUCUUCUCAACGAGAGAUUUCCAGUGCCCACAGCCAGCAGAUGGAUGAUCUUUUUGAUAUCCUCAUUAAGAGCGGAGAGAUCUCUAUGCCUAUGAAGGAGGAACCUUUUCUGAUUUCCAAAAUGAGGCCAGUGACCGCCAACAUCACCACAAUGCCCGUCAACACCGUGGUGUCACGCCCACCCCCACAAGUCCAAAUGGCCCCCCCUCUCUCCUUAGAACCCACGAGCAAUUUCUCCUUAUCUCUGGAGAAUCAGUUGGAAGCUCUUCUGGAAGGCACUCUGCCCUCGGGAAACGGGAUGCCUCACCUGGCCCACAGUAACGAGGACAAAGAACCUUUCUCGGUCAUUGAAGAUCUACAGAAUGACCUCCUUAAUCAUUCUGGGAUACUAGAUCACUCCCACUCCCCAAUGGAGACCUCCGAUUCACAGUUCACCCCCAGCUCGUGUUUAUCCCUCGACCUCCCAGACCCAAAUUUAGACAAUAUGGAGUGGCUAGACCUCACCAUGCCAAACGCUUCGUCGGGAUUGACGCCGCUCAGCUCGACGGCUCCCAGCAUGUUUUCAACGGAUUUCCUUGAUCCACAGGAUCUGCAGUUGCAGUGGGAUUAAACUGAAAAAAAAAAAAGGCAGAACCGGACUCGACCACGUUUUUAAAAGCUCCACUUAACAAUAAGGUCCAUUGUUUCACUCUCCUUUGUUUUCAAGCUCAUCUCUAUAUAAUUAUCUUAGGGAUUUAAAAAAAAAUCACAGAGCACAAGGUUUUUAAAAAAAAGAUUAAGAAUGUUCCAACAAGAAAAGAUUGUGAUUACUGUAAGCUUAGGAGAAUGUGUCACGAGCAACGAUUCAGGUGAGUGGGCACGUUGAGAGCAAACUGUUUGGCUUAAGAACAGUGUUGUAGCACCUUUCGGUCUCUAUGGACACCCUCAACAAAGCUUUCAGUUACCUGGCGAGCAAGCUUUUGACUGAGAUAAAAUCCAAUGGGAUUUUAUAUAAAAGGAUGAAACUAGACGCUGUUUGGAUUUCUUCAUGACUUAAAAAGCUCCUUUCUCCCGCUAGUCAAUUCUUUUAAAAGACAAGCAGGUAUUUCCUUUUUAAGGCUUAAAGUUGCCAAGGUUGGAGACCCCUGCCCUAUUGCUUCCCAACAGACAGUUGCAGAACUCCAGAAUUUCACAGCACAGGUAGCUUGGUGUCCUUUGGUUAUCCUAUAUGCCAGGAAUUUCUGCAUGCAAAGCAUAGAGCUGGAUUGAAAAAUUGACAAAAAAAAAAUAAUCCGUUCAACAUCCACUACUUUUGAACACCAUCAGAGCUAUUCAAAUCUUUCCCAACGUUGCACCAUAUUUAGCCUAUUUUUUUUCUCUUUCUUUCGAAGAUGGAGAUUUUAAAAAAAACAAAAACCUGUAAACGAUAGGUCUCAACUUCUGUUUGUAAAGCUCAGCUGGCUGUCUUUUUAAUCAUGAAGAAAUUUAAAGAAAAAAAAACCCUUCUGCAGUAGUGUUUCCUAACCUUGGCAAUUUCCAGGUAUGUAGAUUCCCAAUCAGUCCCGGAAUUCUGCGGUAAGCAUCACCCUUGACAGAAUUCGGGGGUGGGGGGGUUGAAAGUCCACACACACAUGAAGCUGCCAAGGGGGGAGCACUUCUACGAGAUUGCUCAAUCAGAUUUUUCAAGCCAAAGUUCUCUUUUCAUUCCACAGAACCAAAUGAAUUGGAUAUUUAUUUGUUUGUUUUGAAAAAGAGAACCUGGUCAGAAUUUGGAUCGUUUCUCAUUAGAACAGUACUCAGUUCUGCAGGGGGAACCUUUUUUUUUUUUUGGCUUGUGCUCUUAGGAAUCCCAUAGAAUUGUCAUUGAUUCAAGGAGAACUAAUCCAGCCCUGUCAAGCAAUGUUUUGUUUUCGUGUUUUAUUAUCCAAUACACAAUAUUUUGAGCCGGUUGUGUAUUUGCCAUGCAUAUUUUGCCGUUUUGUUUUCUCCUGAAAGCCAUAACUGUGAAGAUGCCAAUUCAGGUUGGCUUAAUUGUCAAGGCGAGCUUUGAUAUUUUAGGAAUUGUUUGCUGGUGUCAAGGUAGCUCCAGGCCAAAACCAAAAACAUCGACAACUUCCCCCCGAAACGUCAGUUUGAGAUCCUUGUUUGGAACAAUUAUUCUUGUGCCAUUUUGCAUUUUUAUUUUAUCAUAUGCUGUUAUUCAAACAACUGCACUAAACUUUCUUUGUGAUUUAGCCUAGAGCUAGGAGUAUUUUCAGCCAGACAGUAUGAAAUGACUUUGAGAGAAAGUAAGUAUUUUCACCUUUUACCAUUCCAUUUCCCCAUCCUUUGAGGGAGAAUAAUCUUCAACGAAAUAUCUUUUUCUCCCACAUAAGAUCAGUUUGAAAUAAGAUAUUUACUGCUCUAUCCUGGGUUCAGUAGGGACGCCUGUGAGAUAUGAGCUCUGUGUUGCUGUCAUUUAGAAUAACUUCCAUAGAUGCAUCAUAUAUGAUGUUUUAAUCCAAAGAAGAGCGGAUAUCUUGACUUUAUCCUUAUGCUUCAAUAUGGAUGCUUAGCAAAUCUGACUUCCCAUCCCCAACUACCACUGGAUUUAAGGGACAGUUUGCCUUUUCAGCAAGAUGUGCUUAUCUAUAUAUACCUCUCUUUUUUGAAUUCUACCCCAGAGGACAAGGAAAAGGGCCCUGGAGAAACCAGGGAAGGCUGAUAUAAGACUGUUUCAUUAGCCUCCCCUGGUUUGGUACCUUUCAGAAGUAUCAGGCUUCUAGUUUUUUAAUCUCCUUGUCUCCAUAGCAGUCACAGAAACGUGCUAGGUUGUGGGGGAGUUAACUUACACCCUUAGAUAUAUUUCUGUCAUGUGUGGUGCAUCUCAAUGGUUUCGAAAUUGGUUCUACCCGAACACCCGCAAAUGUAAAUGAACCCUCUUCCCCAAGUGGCUCCCCUCCCAGCCCCCCUGAUUGUCAGUCCAGUUGUUGACGCUGAGCAAGCGUCUUUCUCUUCUGUUGUUUUAAAAUGUCAAUCCUGUAUAAGCAGCAUGUAUCGGAGGAGUAGAAGGCAAGACACGGGAUCCAUGGAGCUUCUAAAAAUGUGUCACCAGUCUGGUUUUAAACAAAGACUUUUCCUGGGAAUGCGGGUGUGCGUCUCUCACUGUGUAAUCGAGCUGGAAGCUACCAGGAUCUGUCUAUGGAGCCUGAUCCACACAGUUUGAGAAGUACUUUCUUACAGCUUGUAAGCAAUAGUUUGUGCUUUUGGCUUAGAAGGUGACACAAUCAUCAGUUAAGUUUGUAGAAAGCUUUUUUUUUUUUUGGUCCUCUUACUAACUGGGCUGCCAUUGCAGAGAGAAUGUACAUAGAGCUUUUUUUUUUAAAAAAAAAUAGUAUUGUGUGGUGGCAUGCUACACAAAUACCCUCAUGCGUAGUGUGCUACCCAAGCCAUACCGGAGCAUGCACAACAGAGAAUGCAAACCCAGCCUGGAAUAAAAUCCAGGCAGCAAAGUGGGGUAAGAAGUGUGAAGCUUCAUUCUAGGAAGAAAACAAACAAACAUUAAGGGAUCAUGAACAUUUAUAAUGGAAUCGUAUUUAUUUUUAGGUUAAGAGUGUGUGUUGUUUUUUCUGUGCAUUUCAGAGCAGAACUUUUAUCAUGAAACAUAUCUGGGUUUGCUUUUAAUUGGACAACCAGAGAUAUGCGAUCUUUACCAAGUGUAUGUGAACCUGAUAUUUGUGAACAGUUUCUUUAUAUUUAUAUACAUAUAUACAUAUAUAUAUAUAUAUAUAUACAGACAUAUAUAUUAUUGCUUGGGUAAUUUCUGUACACUUGAUAUAUAUAUUUUUUUUGGUAAGAUGAACAUUUGGCUCCUUAUCUUUGAUUACCAAUUGCACUGCUAGCCUCGUCUUUCUCUGCACACACACACAAAAAACACUUGGAAUUUGUUUAGUAGUACUAAGCAUGCCUUCUGAGUAAAUACCAAUUUUACUUCAGCUACGUGCUUUUCAUUUGCUUAGUAUUGCCUGCUUUUCUUCUUCUUCUUUUUUCUCCCCAUUUAUGAGAUCGGUCCACUCACCAGAGUUUCAGGAUUAUCCCCGCCUGCAGUUACACCAACUGGAAGAUCAUAUUUUGGAGAGUGGCUAGAAUGAAAACCUACUUGUUGCUUCUCUUGAGGACUGGGAAGGAAGAGAGUAGCAAAGAUUAUUGCAGGAGAAUCAACCUUUGCCAGCUGUUCUUCUGCGUCCAGAAUGUACAUGCUUGCAACAUAGUGUCAAACAUGGUUGCUCAGAAGUCCAAUAGGGAUGACUGAGUUGUAAGUUUAAGGUAGGGCUAUGGCAUUGUUCUCCAUAAUGCAAAUUAAUUUGCUAUAGAAGCAUAGCUAGAUUUGCUGUAUGCAAUAUACAAACCCCAGGGGGGAAAAAUAGCUUUGUCAGGGAGAUGUAUCUAUUUACCUCAGUCUCACUUUCCUGUGCUAGAUGAAGUUGUGAAAUGGCCCACAGAAGAAGAAAAAACCAAACCAAACCCACAGUUAUCUAUUUUCUGGAAUUCAUUUCUGGUUAUAUUUUCCUUGAUGUUUGAAAAGAGAGAGAGAGAGAGAGAGAACAAAUAAGCAAAAUGUGGUACUUUAGUACCAGUUUCUACUGUAAGGAUAUAGAUUUCUUCAAUCUCCUCCAACAUAGAGAUAUUUCAAGAUGACAUGUUAUUGUUAUUCCUAAUCCUGUACAUAUGAUGCCAUGUGAUAGUUCAAUGAUGGUAUUCAUUGUUUUCAGGAACUAGAGAUUAUUGGCACAUUGGAUAAAAUCUCUGCAAUUGUGCACAGAGAGAAAUUUAUGUCAUGGUUAUGAUUUUCAGCUUGGAGCUUUUUUUAUACAUGCAAAAAAAAUCUGCUUAACAAAUCUAUUUGGGUGGGCAUUUUCAAGCCCUUUUGUAGCCAAAUAGGGUCAGAAUAUAAAAAUGUUUCUUAUCAACCUCUCUUUUUAAAAAUACUUCAAAUUCUUAAUUCAUCAGCAGCGGUUAGUGGGUUGACAGUCCUUUGACUAAGAAAAUAAAUUCUGUUAUUUUAUUGGCACUGACUUCUGAGUAAACCUGCUUUGCUUUCUACUGCAGGCAUAUAUAUUGUACACACAAACAUGACUUACAUAGCCAUAGGUAUAGCUCCAGAACCAAUUAUUGAAUCGGUUUAUAUUUAAUGUCUUACUCUCCAAAACUUGUUCUUCCUCUUAAGUUUUCAAACAGUUUUUCGUUGUGAAAAGCAGAAAAUCUUCAAGGAUUUCUGAAUAAAAUAAGUGAGUAGUUAGUAGACCCACGAACCACGAUAAAGCCAAAGUACUUUUAAGUCUCCAGGUAAUCUAAAGUGUUUUAUUUUGGCUGGAUUAUACCUCACUUAUCAAGUCGGUGGAACUAUUCCUAACACGCUGCAUUGGAAUUGCGUUGCUCUCAAAUGAGAAUUGUCGUAAAGUUCUGUUAGAACUGGAAUACGGAAAUGCAAUUGCACCUGUUUCUGGAUGAGGAAACUACGUAGUUAGGCAAAGCUAAUGUAUGGUUGUAUUGAAUUUUGCAUUUUGAUAAAUUUAGACCGCUUGUCCUUUUGAUAAGAAAUCACGAUCAUUGGCAGCUCUUUACCUCUUCAUGGCACCGUUGUACAGUGAAUUAUAGUCUGUGUUAGCAGGACAUGUAUGAUUUCUUCAUAAUUCUAAAAACCGGGAGGAAAAAUAACCGUGUAAAAAAAACGGAAGCAAUUUGUUUCAUGAAUCACAUUUAUAAUCUGCAAACAAAUUGUGUAGCGCCGCGUUGAAGAAGAACCGAAGAGGGUUUUUCAAAUAUAUGCACCUCUAAUUUGAGUUUGGAAAGUCUCUCAGCUCUGUGUUGCCUACAGCCGAGGCCCGAAUGUGUCUCAAAUAAUACAUAGUCCUAGCCUAAAAAAAAAUUAAAAUAAAAUAAAAAAAAAUACCUGGCAAGUGCCAUUGCAACCGAAGGCUUCUUUGUGCCUUCGUUGUUUUUGAUAACGCAAACCGAGAAACCAGCAUUUUGUAUAUUUAUUUAUUUUUUCUCUCCUCCCCUCAGUUUCUGCAUGACGUUGCAGGUUCAGAAAUUCAGAGCCUUAAAGAAGUGGUCAUUGCAAAAUUACCCAGGAAAGUACCAAAGCGUUUCCACUUCUCUCGCCAAGGCCCACACCCUUAUAAUUCUUUUUUUUUUAAAAUCUACUAGGAAAAAAAAAUACAGAAGUUUUUCUGCAUUGUCCUCUAAAUCAGGGGUCUCCAGUCUUGGCAACUUUAAGCCUGGCGGACUUCAACUCCCAGAAUUCCCUAGCCAGCAAAGCUGGCUGGGGAAUUCUGGGAGUUGAAGUCCGCCAGGUUUAAAGUUGCCAAGGUUGGAGACCCCUGCUCUAAAUGUUACCUGUGGCGAUGGGGGGGGGGGGAAUCUUUAUUUUAUAUUGAAGAUGUAGAUAUUUUUGAGGUUGCUUCUUUCUUGGUGUCGAAUAAUAGGAAUACUCCCUCUUCUCCCCCCCCUUUUUUUUUUUUAAUUGUGAAACUGAAUUAAGACAUGAGCACAGAUCUCUGUGGUCAGACCUUUCUUAUUCCACUGUAUUGCUUGCUUGGUAAAAACAUCGUGCUUCGCAUGACGAGUGUUUCUCUUCUUCUUUUCAUACUCCCAAUUAUGUCUUAGCAUCUCACUUUAUGAAAAGAAGGAGAUCGAUAACCAGCCUGCACAGGUUGCCUCGUUAAAACGGCUUAUUUUUAAAGGGAAAGAAAACCUCAUGCUGGCGAGCCGAGCAUCCGGUGGUUUAAUUGCCUUUGUAAAAGAGACCACGAUGCCUUUUGUAUUUGCUGUUUGCACCUCCUACGAUCGAUUCCAUACGUUGACUUUUGCCAUGUUUUGCACAUUGUACUGUAUAUACGUAAUGCAUAUUGUAUUUUUUAUAUGUGUAGUACAUUUAUCAUAUAUUUUGUACAUAGUGGCAAGAUUGUAGCUAAAGGAAAAAAAAAAUAUCUCAGCAAUUUUUGGAAGUCGUGUGUCAAAUAAAACAAGUUAAUAGA